GGUGCAUGGGUUUUCCUAUAAAUACUGACCGACACCAGAGCAGGUACAUCACAACAAUCCAGCGGCUGUGAACAUAGGACCACUGGACAUGAAUAUUUUCCUAAUGGUCGCGCUGGUCGGCAUGACCGCAGCCGCCAGCCUCGACAACACCUACUUGCCACCUACAGGAGCAGCCGGCUCGGGGGGCUCUCCUGGAGCAAUUCAGGCUCCAUUUGGAGGACCAGGAGCUCCUGGUGGUGGAAGACUUGGGGGCAGUGCUUCUGGAGGAUUCGGAGGCGGUGCCGGAGGUGGUGCUGGAAGUGGUUUUAGAGGCAGAAGCGGCGCUGGAGGCUUCGGAGGUGGUGCUGGAGGCGGGUACAGUGGUAGCGGCGCCGGAGGUUUCAGAGGUGGUGCUGGAGGUUUAGGGGGUGGUGCUGGAGGUUUCGGAGGUGGUCCUGGAGGCUUCGGAGGUGGUGCUGGAGGCUUCGGAGGUGGUGCUGGAGGCGGACCAUCUGGUCCAGUGGUACCUAUUUUGAGAUACGAGAACGAAAACAACGGAGAUGGAAGCUAUUCAUACAGGUCAGUUACAGACAUAAUUUAUCGGCGAAGAACAGUCUAUAGUUCCGACAGUAGAAUAUUAUUUUUAGUGUCACACACAAGUUUAAGUACUGACAUCUUCAGUGCUGCGGUUAGUUGCGUCUGUUCAUAUCCCGCCAAGACUCGACUUUCAGCUCAGUCUGUUCGAUGAGUUUCCCCAUCUUCUAAUCUGUAGGGUAACUUCUAGAAUUCAUAUCCUUUGCAUGUGGUGGAUUGUUGCAGACCCAUAGGGCAGAUCUUUCGAGGUUUAGUUCUACGCGACAGAUCCGCGCCGGUUUAAAUAACCAUUAGAGACAAUCAGCUGAUAAAAUAAUUGAAUAGAUCUCGUUCGUGAUGUUGAGAGAGUUGUCAGUUAAAAAAAAUAAGGAUUCACAUAUAACUCUUGAGGAGAGAUGAUCCAUACUAAGUGAUUCCUAGGAGCAUAGUGUUAAAGGAAUAUUGCAAUUGACGCAUAAUUAGUAUACAAGAAAAAUGAAUAGUUAAGAGUAAAGUUAGUAUAAUUAAGAAGUGCAACACAAAGCAGUUAAAUAUAUAAGCAAACACAGAAGUAGCUGAUAAUUUGAUAUAUCAAUCUGUGAUCCCAACUUAAUAAUUCUAGGAGACAAAAAUAAGGAGGAAAAAUUUCGAACUGUUUCAAAAUCCCAACAAACAAUCACUGAAAAAACAAAACUCUGAGGUGGAUGUUGCUUCGAGCAUGGUAAAAAAGUAUGCUGAUACUGUCAGGAAGCCAUCGACUACGAUAUAGUUCAUAAUUUGGCGGUAGACCAACAAACAAAACAGUUAAUUAUGCAAAUAAAAUGAUCAUGACGCAAUAACUGAAUGCGUUUUAAA